UUAUUUGUGUUUGGAGUGCAGAUUUUCCGUUGUCAAUAAACAAACAAACGGAUACGCUACUCGUCGGGCUCAAUCACACUAUAUAGUGAACGGCGGCGCCGCGGGCGCAGGCAGGGGGCGUCAGUCAGUCAGUGUCCGACCAGCGAGCCGAACGCGCGCUCGCGCCGUGUAGUGCCGCAUGAGAUGCCCGCGUCACACGCAGUGGAUCCUGUUUGUGUUCUAGUUCAAUAAAGUGUCUAAAGUGGAUUCCGGAGGACUUUACCCGGCCGUGGAGCACGCCCGCCGGCUCGAGCGCUCCCAGGCCAUGUAUGUCAUAAAUUUAGAGAUGGCACACGAGGGCGCCGGCGCGGCGGAGAGCUCCCCGCAGCCGACGCCGUCGCCGCCGCACGCGCCGCGCCUGCCCGCCGCCGAGGCCAGCUUUCAUUCUCAAAUCAUGCAGAAUCAGAGCCCAAGAAAGAACCAUGUAGCGGAGAGAGCGAAACAAACGUUAGAAAAUAGUUUCCUGUUACAACUGAAGAAGCAGCAGCAGCUGCAGCAGGAGAUCCUGCUGCAGCACUUCCAGCAGCAGCGCGCGCAGCUCGCCGAGCAGCACGAGCAACAGCUGCGGCAUCAUCUCAAGCCUGUUUGGUUUCAGCUGUGGGAGCAGCAGAAGCAGAUGGAGGAGGCGGCGCUGCGGGAGGCGAGGGAGGCGAGGGAGGCGAGGGAGGCCAGGGAGGCGAGGGAGAGGCACGAGAGGGACAGGGUGGAGCUGCUGCGGAAGAGGGACAAGCAUGAGCACAGCGCUAACGCGUCCUCGCAAGUCAAGCAGAAGCUUCAGGAGUUCUUAAAGAAGAAGCAAGCCGCGGCGAACGCCAACGGCACUGUUCCUGGGUCCCCGUACAGAAAUUGGGGUAUCGUAAAGUCGUCAUCAGGCGAGUCUAUCACGUCAGCGAGCGCGGCGGCCACGCACCCGUACAGGCUGGCGGCGCCCCCGCUGCCGCUGGCUCUGAACGCCGCCCCGCAGCCAUCACCCAACGACUUCCCGCUAAGGAAGACUGCGUCCGAGCCCAACAUGCUGAAGGUGCGGCUGAAGGCGCGCGUCAUCGAGCGUCGCGCCUCCCCGCUCGCGCGGCGUCCGCUCAAGACGCGGCCCAAGCACCGCAAUUGCGACGGCAGUUCGCCGCGUGGCUCACCUACCGGCGCGUGCACGGCCGCGCCAAUCCGCGAGGAAGAGGAACCGAGCACGCGACCAGAGCUUCUGUUCUCUUCACCUUCCAUGCCGAAUAUAUCACUCGGCAGGCCCGCGCCCGCUCCCGUCCCGCAGGUGAUGGUGUCGGUAUCCCUGCCGCCCGUGUGCGAGGCGGAGCCGUACGUGGCGCCGGCGGGGGUGGGGGGGGCGGGGGGGGCGCACACGCGGCCGCCCGCGCGCCCGCUCGGCCGCACGCACAGCGCGCCGCUGCCGCUCGGCGACCCCGCGCUGCAGCACUCGCACACCUACCUGCGCGACCAGAUACGGAAGACGGUGCUGACGCGCGCACACGACGCGGCGGCGGCGGCGCUGCGCGAGGAGGAGGGGGAGGUGAUCGACCUGACGGCGCGGCGCGCGGCCGUGGCGGCGGCGCCUCUAGCGCGCGCGCUCAGCUCGCCGCUCGUCGGCGCCCGGGCGCCCGCCACCGGCCUCGCCUACGACGCGCUCAUGCUCAAGCACGGGUGUGCGUGUGGCGCGCACGCGCCGCAGCACCCCGAGCACGGCGGGCGCCUGCAGUCCGUGUGGGCGCGCCUGUGCGAGACGGGGCUGCUGGCGCGCACCGAGCGCACCAGGCCGCGCAAGGCGUCCCUGGAGGAGCUGCAGGCGGUGCACUCGGAGGCGCACGUGGCGCAGUUCGGCGGGCGGCGCGCCGGGGCCGCGGGGCCGCGCCAGCUCGUGCGGCUCGCGUGCGGCGGCCUCGGCGUGGACUCGGACACCGCGUGGGCCGACACGCACACGGCCGCCGCCGCGCGCAUGGCCGCCGGCGCCGUGCUCGACCUCGCCGCCCGCACGGCCCGGGGGGAGCUCCGGAACGGAUUCGCGGUGGUGAGGCCCCCGGGGCACCACGCGGAGCCCAACCAGGCGAUGGGCUUCUGUUUCUUCAACUCGGUGGCCGUGGCCGCGCGGAUACUGCACCAGCGGCUGCGGUUGCAGAGGAUACUCAUCGUCGACUGGGACGUGCACCACGGCAACGGCACGCAGCAGAUCUUCUACGAGGACCCGCACGUGCUGUACAUCAGCAUCCACCGGCACGACGACGGGAACUUCUUCCCGGGCACCGGCGCGGCCUCCGAGUGCGGCGCCGGCCCCGGCCUCGGCUUCAACGUCAACAUCGCGUGGGCCUCCGGCCUCAGCCCGCCGCUCGGGGAUGCGGAGUACCUGGCCGCGUUCCGGUCCAUCGUCAUGCCCAUUGCCAAGGAGUACGACCCCGAGCUGGUGCUGGUGUCGUGCGGGUUCGACGCCGCGGCCGGCCACCCCGCGCCGCUCGGCGGGUACACGGUCAGCGCCGCGUGCUUCGCCAACAUGACGCAGGACCUCAUGCAGCUCGCCAACGGCAAGGUGGUGUUGUCGCUCGAGGGCGGCUACGACCUGCCCGCCAUGUGCGACUGCGCGCAGGAGUGCGUGCGCGCGCUGCUCGGCGACCGCGUGGCGCCGCCCGCCGCGUCCGAGCUGGCGCGCGCGCCCGCUGCGCCUGCGCAGGACCUGCUGCGACACACGCUCGCCGUACAGGCGCCGCACUGGCCCAAGAUAAAGCGAUAUAGCAGCCUGAUCGGCAUGUCGGCGCUAGAAGCGGCGCCUGCAGUGGCGGCGGCUAGGUUAGGCCGCCUGCAGACGGAGCGCGACGCGGCCGACACCGCCGCCGCCAUGGCCACGCUGUCCAUGCACCACCCCCACGCCGACGCCAAGCCCAGUUCGCCAGACUCGUCGCGCUCGGUGUCGGAAGAGCCGAUGGAGCAGGACGAGGGCAAGUGAGCCCUGGUGCGUGAACAUGUAUGUACAGUUACUGCUAACAUUCCGCCGCCGGCCCCAGCGACCCUAGCGACCCUAGGGCCAGGGCCAGUCCGCGGCUCCUCGAAUCUGCGCUACACUCAGGAGAGUACUGAUAAACCUAUUUAUUUAGACCCAGAACUAGUGACCAUAUUUUGCGCUCGAUAAGUAAAGAAUUUAUGUAUAUUUAUGGAAGUUGUACAUAUAUAUAUAAUAGAGAGUAUAUCGAUGUUAGACGUGCGCGCCGAGCGCGCGCGAGAUGUUUAUGUGUGAACUUUACGAACGAAAUGUGUCCUGCCAAAUGUCCAUCUCGAGGCGAGAUGUUUGUAGUUACGUUAAAUAAUUGUCUAUUUGAUGUAUAAUUCAUAAUGAAUUAGCUAAGCUAUAGAUACGUGUGUAGGUGUUAAAAUUAAGACAAAUCUUAA